AUGACUCUUGAGUCCGCAAUGCAUACAUUGAAAUCACUGAAAUUAUUUGUUGAAUCCAAAAGAGACGAGUUUGACAAAUACGAAGAAGCUGCUAAAGGAAUACCAAGUACUGACCAGUACGUACAAUCUCGCACCAGUACUAGAAAUGUGAGGUUGGAUCCGCUCGAUUAUAUGAAAGCACAAGAUGCUAACUUGUCACCAAAAGAUAAAUUUAAAGUGUCAGGCUUUAUCCCAGUGAUGGAUCAGCUAUGUGAUUCUCUUACUGAAAGAUUGCAUGCAUACGAUGAUGUACGUUCGAAAUUUGGAUUUCUUAAUCAUUUAGAGGAGAUGGAUGCCGCAAAUUUGUAUGCUGAAUUGGUAGAAGUUUACGAAGACGAUUUAGAACCUAGUCUUAGUAUUGAGUUGGUUCAAUUUGUAUCUUUGAUGAACUUAUACAAAACAGACUAUAAAAAGACCUAUCUAAGUAGCUGUUCUAUUAUCAAAUUCUUGAAAAUCAAAAUUUCAGAGCUACAUUCCCAAACAUCAAAAUCACACUGCGAAUGUGCUUGA